UUUGAAGGUUGCUGUAAAACGUAUUCACGUUUGGAGAAUCUGAAAACCCAUUUGCGAUCACAUACAGGUGAAAAGCCAUAUACAUGUGAAUAUCCGGGGUGUAGCAAAGCGUUUAGCAAUGCCAGUGACAGGGCCAAACAUCAAAAUCGCACCCACAGCAAUGAGAAGCCAUACAUUUGCAAAGCUCCCGGCUGUACAAAACGGUACACCGACCCUAGCUCACUACGUAAACAUGUUAAAACUGUGCAUGGAGCUGAAUUUUAUGCGAAUAAGAAGCAUAAAGGUUCAAUGCAUGAUACGGACAAUACUAAUGGAAGCAAUGGUACUAGUGGUGUGAAAAGUCACGGUGCAAGACAACGCCAUCAUCAAUUGGAUAUAAGUCCACGAAGCGAUGAGUUCCUUUCUGCCAAAAAUACUAGCAUGUCAAGUCCCAGUAUUAAAUCUGAAUCAGAUCCAAAUUCACCAUCUCAACUGUCAAUUCAUAGCCCAAUUCCUGUGGCUGGUCAACAAGCUCAUCAGCAUCUCAAGACUUUUAAAGCAAGCAAUAGCGGAAACCACGGACAAGGAAUGUGCGUUAAGGGCAGGUAUAGCAUAUCAGAAGACUAUAAUCCCGGACAAGCUGACGAUGUUUGGCCAUUUGAUGAUGAUUUAGACGCUGCCGAAUUGCCAAUUGUCUUGAGAGCUAUGGUUAGUAUUAGCACCAAUUCAAACGGGAAUUCAGCAUAUGGAAAUGCAACUGUCGCGGGAAAUACGAGCGCUAGCGGCUUAUCAUCAAUGCGACAACGGUUCCGUUCACGUCUGCAAGCUAAAGCAGUCAAUUUAAGUGCGUCCACCCUUUCAAAUAUACCGGAAACGAAUUCUAGCUUGGGUAUCGGCAUUGGAGAACUCAAUGAACGUAUAAACGAAUUAAAAAUGGAGUGUGGAACUUCUCCAAAAAAAAAACAACAAAAUGUGCCUUCAAAUAUAUGCAACGAGUCAAAUAUGACAGAAUUACAUACCUGUCUGGUCUACCCGAAUAGUGUAUGUUGUGGAAAUAGGAGCAACCAUAUCAAUACAAGUAGCCAUUAUUCAGGUAUCUCAUCGAAUUUUAGACGUGAAAGUCAAACUUCCAAUUCGAGUACAUACUAUUGCAGUAUGCAAAGUCACCGUAGUAGCCAGUGCUCCCAACUAUCCUUAAUAUCUACAAUGCGUCCCUGUUACAACACUGGUUCAUUAUAUGACCCUAUAUCGCCGGGUUGUUCACGGCGCUCAAGCCAAAUGUCUACAAUAACCACCAGUGGCGGCGCAGGUGUUAAUUCGAUGCCGUUGACUCCAAAUACUAUGGUUACUUUCAACAAUGCUAAUAAAGAUAGCAGUAGUCACACCAAUAAAUGCGACCAUCACUUUCCCGAGAACAGUCGACUAAGUUGUAAAAUUAAUAGUAGUUUACCGCCACCACCUUCCUCUCAUUUAAUAUCAACGCAUUUACAAAAGUUUAGACAGAAUUUUGAAUAUUCACAACAGAACGGAUUCACAACCACAAAUGGUAUGUGCAAAGCUAGUGAUGUUUCUACAAUAUGUGACACCGAUAAUGACGCCAUUGCUGCAAUAACAACAACGACGUAUUGCUUUUCUGAGCCAAUGAAACUAACUGAAGAGCGUAUUGUUCUGUCACCAAUCUCAUCUAUGGACACUAUUCAGAAUGUUCAGUGGGCACAAUUAAAUAACCUAAAAUUUACAAAACAGAACGGAGAGAACAACAAGGCGAUAACAAAAUCUUCUCUCGACCACCAUCCUAACGAGAAAGUUAAUUUAGAUGAGGUUGAGGAGGACGAACUCAUUGAAAACAAAUUGGUUUUGCCUGAUGAAAUGCUGCAAUAUCUAAAUCAAGUGGCUGACAAUUCUAGAGGCCAAAUGACACCAAGCUCUGAUUAUGCAAAUGUCGUGACUGGAGACAUCAGUGGAGAAGGAGCGGAAAACACCGCUUUUAAUGCUGCACUCGCUUCAUACACAAGUAAUGCGCGGAGUGGGACCAAUUUGAUUCCAAUGUCAAUUAUGUCAUCUCAGCCUAACUUCACUUUAACGGCCGGGACGGAAAGUCCUCUCUCUCAAGCCAAUUACAUAUCGACAAAUCACACAAAUCCUACAAAUACUAAGUUAUUUACUGAACGUUGUCUAAAUCAUCAUCAUCAAUAUAUUAAUUAUUAUCAUCUAAGCGCGCCGAACGCUUCUCAACGAUGCUGUGUUGAUGCUCAGCCGGCAACCAAUCAACAACAGCCGACUUUAUUGGUCAUGCAAGGGCUGUAUUCGCAAAAUGUUACUGCUGCCACAGACAACUCAAUUACAAAUAUGCCGGAACAAAAUGAUUUAGGCAGCCGAUCGGCAUGUAUUACCACCGCUGCCCAUUAUUACGCAAAUCAAGAGACAACGACUGAAAUGAGUCUACAAACAAGUGCCAUUCCCAUGAACACAAUUGAGAACGAUAUUCAAUGCGGAGACAUCAGCCAAUCACAAAUGUCACCACAUUUAAUACGACCUGUGACCACAGCUGCCAAUCAAGAAGCUUUUAUGCCCUUCAAUGUGCCUUUCUCUUCUAAUUUUACUAAAAACGAUCCGGGUCCUCACUACAGUCACUAUUUAUCAGCACAUUCGUGCAAUCUCGAUAAUGCUUCUAAUGAUAUGUGCACUGACGUUUAUCAGCGCACUCUAAAAUACGUUCAAAGUUGUCAAAAUUGGUUGCAAACAAAAGAUCACAACGAUUCCAGCUGCGCUACUGGUAUCACUACCGAUUACACUAAGUUACAAUACAAUAAUAUUUUAGACCAACCAGACGUUACAAGUUCAACGCAUCCUAAUUCAAAUAUGAUCAUAAACGAUAUGACCACGUCGCUCAAUUCAUUACUUGAGGAAAAUCGUUAUCUACAAAUGAUACAAUGAGUAAAAGGAAGAGCUCUACCUGUUUUGGACUUCACAUUUGAAAUUUACUGAGCGCCAACAUAACAAUUUUUACUUAAA